AGCCGCCAUAGCUAAUUAGACCAUCAAUCACAUUAAUGCCGAAUUCGUACUCUUGUUGCUAGCUGUAGCAAUGUCGCAGCUCCUCCGCCCUGGCUACCUCGGCCUCCUCCUCUUCUUACUCUCCAUGCUGCUUGAUGCUUCUGAUCACCUCAUCGCUGGAGCAGCAGCAGCGCCACCUGUGUUCAGCUUCAACUUCUCAGCCGACCACCCAUCCACGUACCGCCAAGAUCUCGUAUUCCAGGACGACGCGAUCGAGCCGCAGAAAGCUGGGGCGCCGGUAGAACUCACCUGCACCUGGAACGACCAGGUUUGCAGGCGCGGUGGCCGGAUGUCGUAUGCUCAUCCGGUGCAGCUUUACCAAUUAGCAGCCAACGGCCGCAUUAGCAAGGUGGCCAGCUUCUCCACGAGCUUCACCUUCGCCAUCAGGCCCAUCGAAGGCAACGGUACAUGCAGAGGUGAUGGCAUGGCUUUCUUCCUCGCCAGUUUCCCUUCUAAAGUGCCGUACAGGUCGGCCGGGGGCAACCUCGGACUCAUCACUGAUAAGACGACCACUAGCAAUAUCGCCCCGGAUGAUCGGUUCAUCGCCGUCGAGUUCGACAUCGGCAUCGGAUUUGACAAUGACCCGAAGGAAAAGACCGACCACAUCGCCAUCGACAUCAACUCUGUCAAGGAUUCUGCCAUUACCACAUACUUGCCAAAGAACGUAACCCUUAAUGGGACAAUGAUAGCCGACAUCGUCUUCAACAGCAGCACAGGGAUGCUGGUCGCCUACCUUCGGUUUCUUGACCAUCCAUCAUCCGCGGCCCACGCUCAGGUGGUGAGUGCAAACCUGACAGAACAUCUCAAGGGCACACCUCCGCCCGGCCCGCAGGUUGCUGUGGGGUUUUCUGCAGCCACCGCCGGAUGCGUGGAGAUCUGCCAGAUACUGUCCUGGUCUUUCAAUUCAAGCCUUCCGCUAAUACACCAAGAUACACACAAUAUAGCACGGUUGCUGGUUGAACUGAUCAUUGGAGGAGCUCUAGUGUUUGCGCUAGUUUUGUGGUUCUUACUCUCUUGUUGGGAGCAGAAAAGGAUUCGAAAUGUCUUCGACAAGGGAACAGGCGGCGCCAGGAGGUUCGAAUACCGCAAUUUGGCAGCUGCGACCGACCAUUUCUCGGAGGAUCGCAAGCUUGGGCAGGGCGCCUUUGGGGCAGUGUACAGCGGACACCUGAAGCUGCUGGACCAUCAAGUUGCUGUGAAGAAAAUUGUGAGGGAGUCCAGCGAAGGACACAAGGACUUCUUCGCCGAAGUCCGCACUAUCAGCGAAGCCAAGCACAAGAAUCUCGUCAAGUUUUUUGGUUGGUGCUCCCGGGGACACAGCUGGAACAUUCUCCGUUUCAUGUGCAGCUGUUUCUGGAGUAAGAAGAACAAUGAGCUCUUCCUUGUCUAUGAAUUGAUGACGAACGGCAACCUCAACGACUACUUGUACAAAAGCGAGUCAUCAGAAGUACUUUCUUGGCAAACAAGGUACAAAAUAGCCAAGGACAUUGGAUCGGGCCUGCUCUACCUACAUCACGAGUGCGACCCACAUAUCCUGCAUAGAGACAUCAAACCAUGCAAUGUACUCCUGGAUGAAAAUUUCAACGCCAAGCUCGCCGACUUUGGCCUAUCGAGGAUGGCAAACCAAGACAAUGCGACGUUGCUGACAACUGCCAUAGGCUCGGAAGGGUACCUUGAUCCACAGUGUCUGAAACAUGGUAAGGUCCCAUUCAAGCGUAGCUCAGACGUGUACAGCUUCGGCAUUGCCCUUCUCGAGAUCGCCUGUGCAAGGAGGCACAGGGAGCAAAUCUGGGACCUAUACCGAAGCGGUGGCAAUGUUGUCGAGGCGGCGGAUACAAGGUUAACCAUGGGUGGUGGCCUUGAUAUGAGGGAGAUAGAGCGUGUCAUCGUAUUGGGGCUCUGGUGCUCUGCUUUGCAGACUCAACACCGACCUUCUAUGCGGCAAGCUAUGGAUGUCCUGGAGCGUGACGGACCGUUGCCUGACCUUAACAGCUUGAUCGUCGUCAACACUACUUUGGCAUCAACGACAGAGGAAGACGCCUCCAGUGCGCCGGCGGCGGGCAAUCGCUAUGACUGUGAUGAGGCACCACUGCUGAUUCCAGGGUAGCAGGGUGAGUGUUAUGCUUGUCACGAUCGACUGAGUUGGGACACAAUACAAUGAGCCAUGCAUGACCAGCACUUCGACAAUAUCUCGUAAGCAAGCACGCACGCAUGCUUGGUUCUUACAAGAGCUGCUGAUCGAGUGCUGAGUGCACAUUCUCAUAUUGUCACUUUAUCAUGUAAUUGCCUUUUUUUUUAAAAAAAAAAACUUGCCAAGUAACCUGUGCACUUAGGAGAAUACUUCAGAUCGGUUCAACUGAUCCAAUGCAAGUUGAAAAAAACUCGAACGCUCUCC